AUGGAGUCAUCAUCCCAGGACCAAAGAGCAACUCACGUCAUCACUAUACAACCAAAGGAAACCGUAUUGACUGCAUUUCCCUACAAACCUCAUAGUUCUCUGCUGGAUUUCCUGAAGGGAGAGCCAAAACUCUUGGGGGCUGUUCAGAUCCUGCUUGCUCUAAUCAUUGUGGGCCUCGGAGCCAUAUUUGCCUUUAAUUACAUCAAUUUCUCCCACAAAUUUCCCCUCGUUUUCCUCUCAGGAUAUCCGUUCUGGGGAGCAUUUAUUUUUAUUCUCACAGGAUACCUCACAGGAAUAGAUGAGAAAUCAAAAAAAAAUGUGGGAAUUUUGUCAAUUUUAUUGAUCAUCAGCAUAGCGGAACUCAGCAUCUCUGUGACUGUUGCAUCCUUUAGAAGCAAGUGCUGGACAAGCUCAGAUGAGAUUGUAUUUUUCUUGCCUUCGGAUGUUACUCAAAAUAUUGAACGACCUGCCCCAGAAGAAAUUGAUCAAUUACAAUUUGAGCUUCAAGAAGAAUCUUCCAGUGAUAAUACAACAACAAAUGCACAAACUGUUUUCUUUGGAGGCUAUGUUUUCUUCAAGUUAAGAGUCUCAAAAAGUCCUUUACCCUCCCAAUCCGUGUCACAGCCAGGUAAUUAUAGUACAGACAGUCAAUACACUCCUGCUGCAUCUGUGCCAUAUGAACAACAGAAAAGGAUCGCUUCACCUUUCAAAUUUUCAGAGGAAGAAAUUGAGCUGAAACAUUUGCCUCCCAUAUUAGAGAAAAGACUCCCAGAAAAUAUUAUGCACAGUCAGCAAAAGUCUACAAUUGAAAAACUAAAAGACAAAAACCUGCAAUCUUCUAUAGUACAACCUCCCCAAAGACAAACUCAAUUGCUGCAGGACCAAGGUUUUCCAAUCCAUUCUGUAUACACACUCCAAACUUUACCACCUGGAGACUUGCCAUCCCAAGCUCUGCCAGUAAAAUCCCAACCAGAACAAGCCAUGACAUCUAAAUCCCCCAAAUCCCAUGUCAAACAGUUUUAUGACCUGACAUCUGAAAACUUGCCCUCUCAAGAUAUAUGCCAAGACACAUCAUCCCACAACAUGCCAUCUGAAAACAUAGUAUACCAAGACACACCAUACCAAAGUAUGCCAUCCCAACACACAUCAUAUCAAAGUACACCAUCCCAAUACACACCUUACCAAAGUACACCAUCCCAAUAUACACCAUACCAAAGUAUCCCAUCCCAAGACAUGCUAUACCAAAAUGCACUCCCAGAUAUACCAACACAAGCCAUUCUAUCCGAAGCCCGAACUGUCCAUCAAGCACAGUUCCCUAAUAUACAACACCUACCUCAACAACCCUUAGAUCCCCAACCUCAAAACGAGCAAUUUUUAUAUGUAUCAUAUCAAAACAUUCGAUCAGAAGUCAUGGAACUGACCCAAGAAUGGAAAUCUGAAGAGGAACUCCACAGCAAGAAAUUUCCAAAACGGCAUUCCUUAGACCAGAAAACCAAAGACUGGCAACCCCCAAGAAGGCAUUCCUCAGACCGGCAAAGCAAAGGCUGGAAAUCUCCAAAAAGAAAAUCCCUAGACCAGCAAAUCAAAGAUCAGGUAUCCUCAAAGAGGCACUCCAUAGAUAAGCAAGCCCAAUAUAAUCAAACCAUACAGAAACUUCCAGAUCAGCAAGUUGAAGAUUGGCAGUCCAAAGGGGGACAAUUCCCGAAGCAAAAAUCCAGAAAAGAGCAAGUUGAAGACCAAAUGGCUGAAGAGGAGCAAUCUCCAAAGAAACAAACCAAAGACCAGCGAGCCCAAGAGGAGAAAUCCCCAAAGGGACAAUCCCAAAAUUGGCAAGCUGAAGGACAGCAAGCUCAAAUGGAGAAAGCUACAAAAGGUUGGGAAUCCCAAAUCCAGCAAAACCAAGACUUGCAAUCCCCCCAAAAGCUAUCUCCAUACUGGGCGACUCGAGGUCAAGACUGGAGAACUCAAGACUGGAUUAACAAAAAUUGGAAGGCACGAGAAUGUCAAUUAGAAAUGCAGCAUUCCCUGAACAGGGAACCCCAUGCCUGGCAAACCCAAGAUGUAUUAGAGAAAGAAGUCCUAGAGCAGAAAGCUCUGUACCAAGAAGCCCAAACUCAGCACACCACAGCCCAAGAUAACCUACAUCAGCAAUUACAAAAUGUUCCAUUUCAAGGAAGUAAGGGUCAAGAUAAGAACCAACAAGACUUUCAAUCCAGAGUUAAACAGAAAGAAGAUAUGCAAGGAAGCAGUAUGCAGACAAGAGACAUCGAACCAAAGGACAAGAAAUAUACAGUCCAAAAACCAAGGGACCUGAAAUCAGAAGACAUGAAGCUGGAUUUUCAUUCUUCUUUCUGCCAAAGCUCAGUACAAGACACAUAUUUAACCUAUUUGUCUGAUAUAGAUUCAGAACAUGAUAUGCAACAAAGCACAGUUUGCCCAAAUUCGUACAAAGAAAUGCUGAACGUUACUUCUACCUCAUUUUGUCCAAAAGAUCAACAGCAAUCUGAAGACUCUGACUAA